UCGGGGUUUGCCGGAGUAGAGCUUCUGGGAUCGGGUUGUGGUUUUUGCCCAAAAAUGAGUGGGGAUGGGGGUGGGUCGGGGUUUUCCUGCGCAGGUGUGGGCGUCGGGGAUCGGGUUUUGUCGGGGUAAAAACUUCGGGGUUCGUGUCGGGGUUGGUUUUUGAUUAAUUCGUUGUCGGGGGCCGGGUCGGGAUUUAGAGAGCACGGGGGACGGGGUGCUACUCUAGUUUGGACAAGCAAAUGUUCGAAAAAUUUUUAAGUAAAAAUAUGAUUAUUCGUUUUGUGAUUGGAGAUCCAGUACUGGAAGAAGAGGAAGGCAAAAAAUUUGAUAAAUUAUUGGAUGAAGAACAAAAACAAUUUGGUGAUUUGAUUCGUUACUAUAAUAUAACUGAAGGCUAUCAUAUGUUGCAAUUUAAAGUAUUCUUUUAUUAA